AAGCCACACGCGAGAGUAUAAAAAACCGAGGGAACUCGCUCGUAAUUGUAUAAAUAUUACUACAGCCUUAGAACCAUAGAUAGAUGCAUACAAAGGUGUGAAGAAGUACUACUCAAAUAGAUUGAAGCAAAUGACGAGUGUGGAGAUUGAUCAGGGACCUGGCAUCACAAGUUACAAAAGGGGCAUUCACCCUGCUCAUUACAUGUUCAAAAUAGAGUCACUAUCAACGCCAGAGGUUGAAAAAUAUGAAUCUGGUGUUUUUGAAGUAGGAGGGUACAAGUGGAGUUUGGCAUUCUAUCCAACUGGCAACGAGAACAUGAAUGGAAAUGAUUACAUUUCCCUUUACUUGGUAAUUGAGAACACUGAAAAGCUUCCGGCUUGUUGGGAGGUUAAUGUCAGCUUCAGAUUGUUUCUCUUUGAUCAGAUUCGAGACAAUUACUUGACUAUUGAAGCUGCUAAUGGAAAAAUUAGUCGAUUUCAUGCGACCAAGACUGAAUGGGGUUUUGGCAAAUUUCUUUCUCUCAAGUCUUUUCAUGACGCGUCCAAUGGAUACCUUGUUGGUGACACUUGUAUAAUUGGAGCAGAGGUUUUGGUUGUUGAAAGUAAUCGCAAACAAGAUGCUCUUCUCAUGAUUAAGUCUCCUCCUAACAAUAUCAUGACUUGGACACCGACAAAAGUUUCAACACUACAUGGUGAGGAGUACGUCUCUCAGGUGUUCACUGUCGAAGAAUCAAAAUGGAAGUUGUCGAUUUCUCCGAAAGUUAAUGAACUAAGAGAGGGCAAACACCUUUCCAUUUACCUACAGUGUGUUGAAGCUGUCAGCCAAUAUCAGAACAUCAAAGUAUAUGUCGAAUCCAAGCUGCGAAUAAAAAAAUUUCAUGGAAUUUCUAAGCCCCUCGAGUAUAAUGUUAAACAUUGGUUCUCUUCAUCCGAAAGCAUGGGCUUCCAAAGUUUUGUGUCACGGCUCGAUCCCAUUGCUCUUACGGGGAGUGACUGGUUGACAAUUGAAGCAGAAAUCAUGGUUAUAUCAAAAGUGAAGAGUAUCACCUGAGAAUGAUAAGCUUGUGAUGACUGAGACUGUAAGUGAUGACAAAUGGGAAAUUAUCAUGCAUUUGAUGGGUGGGUUUUUGUUGGUUCAUGGAAUUGCAUCAUAUUAUUAAGGUCCACUUGUAAGAUAUCACGGAUUAAACUGUGUGUGGGCUUGCUAUCUUAUUAGGCGUGUUUUUGGUUUGCUUCUCUCUGUUUUUUCUUCAUCAAAGUUAUAUGUAGAUUGAUUGAUCUCCA